CCCGAGAUCCUCCCAAAUGUGAAACAUGAAAAACAAAGGAGAAAAAUCAACGCUUUUCUCCUGUCCGCACCUGACAAUUUCCAUGUCCAAAUCUCCCCUACCCAUCUCAGGUCAACCGACUCUAUCCAGCAAGAUCCAGUCCCCUUGGCCUUUGCCCCGUUCCCAACCCCAAAGCAGACCACCAUCCCCCACCCCCACCAACCCCUCUCCUCCCACUCCUCAAUUAUUAUAAGCUUUCGCCAUUGUUAAUCACUUCGGAUCGAUCCAUCCAACCAUUAGCCAUCUUGUUCGGUGGAAGACAGCAAGAGACGGUGCGAUUUUGACUUUUUGUGGGGCGGCUGGAUUCCGUCCAAAGAAGCCAUACUUGUGUGCUUGCCAGUGCCAGGGGUGGUGGAAGCAGCGACUUCUGAACCGGAGGUUUCGAGGAGGGACCGAUGGCCGGCAAGGAAAUCUACCACAAGAUGAAGGACAAGGUGAAAGAUGCUUUUAGUUCAUCAGGGCCAGAAACAGGGAAAGGCAAGACAAAAUUGUCAGGCAAGCGUGUCAAGCAUGGUUACCAUCUUGUGAAGGGGAAAUCAAAUCAUCCAAUGGAAGACUACCUGGUAGCAGAGUACAGGCAAGUUGGCGAGCAUGAUUUGGGUCUUUUCGCCAUAUUUGAUGGCCACCUGGGCCACACUGUUCCAGAUUUUCUGCGCGCACAUCUCUUUGAUAACAUCUUGAAAGAGCCAGAAUUCUUGAGUGACACAAAGAGUGCUAUCAGGAAUGCGUAUCUACUAACCGAUGAAAAAAUAUUGGAAAGAGCAGCUGAGUUAGGAAGAGGAGGCUCCACAGCUGUUACUGCCAUCUUAAUAAGCAGUGAUGAUAGUGUGAAGCUAGUGGUUGCGAAUGUUGGAGAUUCACGAGCAGUUAUUAGCGAGAAUGGUAAAGCAGAGCAGCUUUCAGUUGAUCAUGAGCCGAGCAUGGAGCGACAAACUAUCGAGGAAAAAGGUGGUUUUGUCUCAAACCUACCAGGAGAUGUACCACGAGUUGAUGGGCAGCUGGCAGUUGCAAGGGCAUUCGGAGAUCGGAGCUUGAAAAAGCACCUCAGCUCUGAGCCACAUGUGGCUGAGAUAGUUAUCGACGAGAAUUCAGAUUUUCUAAUUCUAGCAAGUGAUGGCUUAUGGAAGGUGAUGACGAACCAAGAGGCGGUCGAUGAGAUCAAGGACUUCAAGGACGCGCAGUCAGCUGCAAAGCACCUGACUGAGCAGGCCGUGAACAGGAGGAGCAAAGAUGACAUCUCCUGCAUUGUUGUAAAGUUCCACUGCUAGCAGGGCGUCAAGCUGUUCGCCUCCCAAGUGUACAAUUGUUGUCAUGUUAUGUCAGAUUGGUUUUUUCGGUUUGCUGUUGUUCGUCAAAUAUUGUGUUUAACCUUUUCUGGUUGGGAAUAAUCCACCAAGGGGAUCAAGGCUUGUAGAAUAUUGUUGUUUGUUGAAAGGCUCUAAUAAAAACAUGUUCUUGUAAUC